ACGCCUGUUGUUGUGGCGUCUGCCCUUUUCGCUCACUCUCUCUCUGCUACCCGCCGCCUCCCCUUUUUCUCUGUCUUCCUCACCCACCCCCUUUCUCUCCGUCUCCCUUGUCCCUACACCUCCAGUCUGCUUCUGUUGUCUCGGCGGAUUGUUGGGCUGUGGGAGAGAAAGGAUAUCGCGAGUAUUGGAGUUUUGGUGAGAGUUUGUGGAAGAUGGCGCCUGUUGUGACAGGGAAGUUCGGGGAGCGCCCGCAGCCACUGCGCCUCACAAGAGAAGCGAUGAGGAAUUACCUGAAGGAGCGAGGUGACCAAACUGUCAUGAUCCUGCACGCAAAAGUUGCACAGAAAUCCUAUGGCAAUGAGAAAAGGUUUUUCUGCCCUCCUCCCUGCGUUUACCUGAUGGGCAGUGGCUGGAAGAAAAAGAAGGAGCAGAUGGAGCGAGACGGCUGCUCCGAGCAGGAGUCGCAGCCUUGUGCCUUCAUCGGCAUCGGCAACAGCGACCAAGAAAUGCAACAGCUUAACUUAGAGGGAAAGAAUUAUUGCACAGCCAAAACCUUGUACAUAUCCGACUCCGACAAGAGAAAGCACUUCAUGUUGUCUGUCAAGAUGUUCUACGGCAACAGCACUGACAUCGGCGUCUUCCUCAGCAAGAGGAUCAAAGUCAUCUCUAAGCCCUCCAAAAAGAAGCAGUCCCUCAAAAACGCUGACUUGUGCAUCGCAUCCGGGACCAAGGUGGCGCUCUUCAACCGGCUUCGGUCCCAAACGGUCAGCACGCGCUAUCUACAUGUGGAGGGCGGCAACUUCCACGCCAGCUCCCAGCAGUGGGGCGCCUUUUACAUCCACCUGUUGGAUGACGAGGAGUCAGAAGGAGAAGAGUUCACUGUGAGAGACGGUUACAUCCACUACGGACAGACAGUCAAGCUGGUGUGCUCCGUCACUGGCAUGGCGCUGCCCAGAUUGAUCAUCCGCAAAGUGGACAAGCAGACGGCGCUGCUGGACGCCGACGACCCCGUCUCCCAGCUCCACAAGUGUGCCUUCUACCUGAAGGACACGGAACGCAUGUACCUGUGCCUUUCCCAAGAAAGGAUCAUUCAGUUUCAAGCCACUCCAUGCCCAAAGGAACCAAACAAGGAGAUGAUCAACGACGGCGCCUCCUGGACAAUCAUCAGCACAGACAAAGCUGAAUACACUUUCUACGAGGGCAUGGGCCCCGUCCACUCGCCUGUCACCCCCGUGCCUGUGGUAGAGAGCUUACAGCUAAACGGCGGAGGCGACGUCGCCAUGCUGGAGCUGACGGGACAGAACUUCACUUCAAAUCUGCGGGUCUGGUUCGGAGACGUCGAGGCUGAGACCAUGUACAGGUGUGCGGAGAGCAUGCUGUGCGUGGUGCCCGACAUCUCCGCCUUCCGCGAGGGCUGGCGCUGGGUGCGGCAGCCCGUCCAGGUGCCCGUCACGCUGGUUAGGAACGACGGCAUCAUUUAUUCCACCACACUGACCUUCACCUACACGCCGGAGCCCGGGCCGCGGCCACACUGCAGCGCCGCCGGGGCCAUCCUGCGGGCCGGAAACUCCACCUUGCUCAGCAACAACAGCCAGGAGGCCGGCCCCGGCGUCUACGGCCCCAACAGCACCUCCAACGCGGGAGUCACGUCCUCAUCCUCCACCGCCGCGGCCGUGGUCUCCUAACGCACACAUGGGGCCACUCAAUACUAUAUGCCUUGAGAGUAAAUGUACCACAAGGUAUAUAAAGACUACGGGGAAUAAUAAACAAAGACUGACUCACUCUAAAGUGCUGCGUAUAAAUUUUGGAUACAAAGAAGCUGAAAUGGAAAAGAAAUUGGCGGGAGAAAGGAGCAAACGCAGGGGAAAUCUGAAGGAGGAGCGACACCACGACGCUGUCAGCCAAUGGGAAUAGGUGCUCCUUGACGCGCCCCCUCUCCUGUGCUUACUUUAGGGACCUGUGUGUUCGGUCCUGGUGUUUUGGAAUGAGUGGAAGUUCCUGCAGGCUCAGAGCACCAGCACCUUUUCUACGGCUGUGAGAAAUGGAAAACCACGACAACAAUACAUCCACCGUGUACAAAAAACAACAACAACAAAAAAAAAAAAGAAAUCUCUUGAAAGGAAAGUAUAUUUUUUUUGCGCCGCCCUGCUAACCCCCCCGUCCCUCCCUCCCUCCCUCCCGACCUCCGUCACCACCACUUGUUUUUAUAAUUAUUCCUUUUUUGUUUUGUGUUGUUUUAGAUUAGUGGUUUCCUAAAGGGGGCUGGAUGUAUUGUUGUUGGAGGGAGCGCAAGGAUGCAGAGGGACACACAUAAAACGUGACGAUAACAUAGUUUUUAUGGACCAAGGAUCUUGUAUAAGCUUUAGUAAAGGUACAUUUUUCUCCAUACCUUUUUUGUAUUAAACAUAUAGUACACUUUUGUUACCAAAUAGUUUCUAUUCUUCCUCUGAGCUUGGGCUUUGUUUCCCCCCUUUUUGAGGUCCAAUAUCCCAACCUGUAUGUUAUUGCGACCUUACUACAAACGCCUGCUUUUUCAGUCUUUGGAUUGAACUUUCUUUCUUUUUAUACUCUCGCUUCUUCUGUUUGGGGGUGGGAGGGGGGGGGAAUCUGAAGUCUAGGUUGUUUAUUUACAUAAGCGAAGGUUGUUUUUGUUUGUUUGUUUGUUGUUGUUUUUUUAAAAUUGGGGAAUAACCUCAGAGGGCCUAUGUUUUAUCAUUGGUUUUUAUGAAGUCUUUAAAAAGAAAAGCUUUAAGCAACGCCUCUGCCUUGCCUGCAAUACUCUAUGUGCGCUAUGUCUCCGUUGGAAAGUAUACACAUCAGUACAUCUCACGUGGAGCCAUAGCAACAUUUGCAGAAUACACGAAAAACUAGACUUCCGUGGUUACGAAAAAACAAGUCAGUUUUGUCAUUUUAAUGUAACAAGCGUAGUCUUUGACUUAAAAGGAUAGCCUUAGUACUGUAUAUUCUUACUGUGUACACAGUCGAACCGCUCACAUAUCUAAUAUCCUGUAUCUGUUGCUCUGUUGGUCACUGUUAGCGUUAUCAUGAUGUAGUGAAACUCAAAAACCGCACCUAGCAAGGUGUCUUCCAGUGUGUGCUGUAGUUCCAAAAAAAAAAAAAAAACUUUUCAAUUUGAUGUGGCCUUAACCGAUAACUUCAAUUCCAAAAAAAAAAAAAAGAAAGUACUUCACCUUUAUUUCUUAUCUGCUGUUUACUCACCUGGGAAGAACCCGUGCAUAGCACAAAAACAAGCUGAUGCCUCGCUUCUUAUCACAGGAGCGCUGCUGUUUUGAGCUGCAUCUCCAGAACCACCUUCAUCAUGCAAAGCAGCCUUCCUGAAGGAUCUCUCGGCCUUCGGUUUUUUUUUUUUGUUGGUGUACAAGUACAAUAAGCCCGUUUUUUAUUCUCAUGCGGUGCCCAGCACCUUUUCACUUUUGGUACAAUGUCUCACGAGCGCUGUAAGCUCUUUUUCCAGCCUUCUUUUUAAAACAAAAAAAAAAAAUCUCCUGUGGUUUAUUAUCUUUGCAGAAAACCAAGCGUGUGUGUGUGUGUGUGUGUGUGUGUGUGUACGUACAUUGUAAACUCACUUACCGAGUAGUUGCACUCAUCCGUGUUCAUGGCGACCGCGUCUCCUGUAGGAGUAUAAAAGGCCUUCUAAAUGUGUGUUAUUGAAGAUGUGCAUUUCCAAACAGAACAGCAAUAUUGUACAGGUCAUUUCAUCGUUUUUUGUCCGCCUGAGCACUAGUUCACCAGCCAGCAAAUAUGUGUGUAUGGGUGGGUGAGUGUGUGUGUGUGUGUGUGUGUGUGUGUGACUGUCAUAUGUAGUUGCUGUAAUGGAAUAUUGAGUCAGACUCGCUCCAUUUCAAAGUGUGUUCCAACUGCUCUCCAAAAAAACAAAAACAAAACAACAACUUGAGAUUCAUGGGGUCUUUCUGUCUUUUCACCAGGAUCCAAAUGUCUGAUAAUUGUGGAUAAACAUUCAAAGGCAAUACUUGUGAUCUUAGUAUUACAGUACAACUGUAUACACUUCCGGGGAAAACGAAAAAAAAAAACAAAUACUGUAACUUGAAUGUCUGCUUAAUGAAGUAUUUCCGAAUUUUUCUUACAAACAAACCCUUGAAAUAGGAACAAAAAAGGAUUCGCUUGCACCCCCUUCGAUGUAAAAAAGAUUAAGUUAUGCCCCCGUUUCGCCACCCCCUCGCCCACCUGUCAGUCAUUAAUGUUAAAUGUUUUAUAUUGUAAUAUUGAUAUUUUUUAAAUUAUUGGUACAAAGUCUCCCCUUGUCUUAUGUCAAAACAGAAAAAGAAAAAGUGCAUUAUUGCCCGUGCUGCCUAGGUUGGCCUGGGAGUGUAUUUCUUUUUUUUUUAAUUUCUUUUUGUUUUUUAAGAGGCCACUUCCUGUAUGUCCUGGAAAUCGUCGAGGAGUUGGUGCUGCAGCGUCAAAAUCUUAAAACAUUUGAGCUCCUUCGCACUGAACUCUCGUGUCGAGCUGCAGGUCAACCUGAACCCUUUACUCAAAAUCUUAACUGUAGAUUUUUAACUUGAGUGUUUUUGCUACUAGUUCUAAAUUCAGCGUGUUUUUAACAUAGCCUCUGCAUUAGCAUCACGCCCCCCCCCCCCCCCCCCCCUUCCAAUUUCCCCCCGUCCAGCUUGGAUAUUUUUGGGUUUUUGUUUACAUGCUGAGUCGCCUCUUAAAGCGAACCACCUCUGGCUCCUCUACAUCUCUUCACGCGACUCUGAACAGAGCAGCUUGGUCACAUUAGCUCAAACUAAUAAAGGGGGGGGUGAUGCAUGCUUUUUUUUUUUUUUAAUUCUUUUUAUAAAUGUGUCGCCUUGACAAUCUCAGCUGGUUUACAGAUUAUUUUCUCUUUUUCAAAACGCUAAGAGAUAGGGAGGAUACAGAAUAACAUGCCUCACUCAUAAAGGGGAUGAGCUAUUAAAGAAAAAGGGGUCAAAAAAUGUUACAUGCCUUCUUAAAAAAAAAAACGCACGCUGUAUUAACCUGGCGACGGAGAGA